AUUGGGUCAAUGAGGCGCACCCAUCACAGCCAUCCUCACUCCUCUAUGGUCUCCUGAAGACCGGUCACUGCUGGCCUCGGCACGCGCAGAGACCUCCCUCUUCGAAGUCUCGGAGAUUGGUCCUGUUUCUUCGCGGUGAGAGCGGCGAUGGAGGGCAUGCAGGAGAAACCCCAGGAGUCUAGCUCCUUUGCCCCCGGGUCCGAAGAGCCUACCGACUCCGGCAGGGGGUCCGAAGUGUUGCCUCCCGAAGAGUCAGAGGGCUGCGCCCGGCCCCUGGAGACGACCCCCAAGAAACUCUGUGGAUACUUAAGUAAGUUUGGAGGCAAGGGCCCCAUCCGGGGCUGGAAAUCCCGCUGGUUCUUUUACGACGAGAAUAAAUGUCACCUGUAUUAUUCGCGGACCGCGCAGGAUGCCAAUCCCUUGGACAGCAUCGACCUCUCCAGUGCGGUCUUUGAUUGCAAGGCGGACGCCGAGGAGGGGACUUUUGAAAUCAAGACUCCGGGCCGGAUUAUUACCCUGAAGGCUACCACCAAGCAAGUGAUGCUAUACUGGCUGCAGCAGCUGCAGAUGAAGCGCUGGGAGUUCCACAACAGCCCUCCUGCACCUUCCGCCACCCUUGAUGCUGCCCUGGCUGGGAAUGGGCCCACCCUGCGCCUUGAACUAGAGCAAGAGGAGGCAGAGCUGGAGGAGUUCCUGUGCCCAGUGAAAACACCCACUGGGCUCGUAGGUGUGGCAGCUGCCUUGCAGCCAGCCCCUGCCAUGCCCUUGGCCCUUCAGAAUAUUUCCCUCAAGCACCUGGGAACUGAAAUACAAAACACGAUGUACAACAUCCGAGGCAACAAGCAGUCCCAAGGAACAGGCCACAGACCUCCAGGGGAAGAUUCUCCACUGAUCGGGGAGCCUCAGAGGGAGGAACAGCCCUCACCCCCUGACCCCAGCGCCCCAGGGAAAGGUCCAGCAGAUUCUCUGAAGCCUACACUCAAGUCCUCUCUGACCGCCAAUCUCAUUCAGAAAGCCAAGCGCCAGAACAACACCUUCCCACUCUUUGCCGAAGGACUCACACGGAACCGAACUGCCCAGGAGAAAGCCUUGGCCUUGGAGCAGCAGGUUCUGAUGCUUACCAAGGAGUUAAAGUCUCAGAAGGAGCUGGUAAGGAUCCUGCACAAGGCACUGGAGGCCGCCCAGCAGGAGAAGAGGGCAUCCAGUGCAUACCUGGCAGCGGCCGAGGACAAAGACCGGCUGGAGCUGGUACGGCACAAAGUGCGGCAGAUCGCAGAGUUGAGCAGGCGUGUGGAGGCCCUGGAGCAGGAGCGAGAGAUCCUGACACAGACGGCGAGCCUGCUGGAGCGGCAGGUGCAAGAGCUGCAGCAGCACGUGCAGCUGCUCAUGGAGAAGAACCAGGCCAAACAGCAGGUCAUCUGCAUGCUGUCUGAGAAGGUCACCCAAGACUUCUUGCAUCCCCCUAACCAGCCCCCCGAGCCCUCAGAUGCUGCAGACAGGGACUUCCUGAGCCAACAGGAGAAGAUGGAGCACCUGAAGGAUGACAUAGAAGCAUACCGGACCCAGAACCACUUUCUGAACUCUGAGAUCCACCAGGUCACAAAGAUCUGGAGACGGGUGGCUGAGAAGGAGAAGGCUCUCCUGAUGAAGUGUGCCUAUCUCCAAGCCAAGAACUGCCAGGUGGAAAGCAAGUACCUAGCAGGGCUGCGGAGGCUGCAAGAGGCCGUGGGGAACGAGGCCAGCGAGUGCUCCGAGCUGCUCAGGCAACUCAUCCAGGAGGCACUGCAGUGGGAAGCCAGCGAUGCCUCUGCCGAUGGUGUGGAGCUGAGCCCCAUUAGCGAGUAUGAUGAGUAUGGCUUCCUGACGGUGCCCAACUACGAGGUAGAAGACCUGAAGCUGCUGGCCAAGAUCCAGGCACUGGAGGUGCGCUCCCACCACCUGCUGGCCCAUGAGGCUGUGGAGCGGCCACUGCGAGACCGCUGGGCUGCCUUGGGUGAGCUUACACCCUCGGUUGAGCUCAAGCAGCUGCUGCGGGCAGGCGUGUCCUGCGAGCACCGGCCACGUGUCUGGAGGUGGCUGGUCCACCUCCGCGUUCAGCACCUGCAGGCCCCUGGCCGCUACCAGGAGCUGCUGAGCCGGGGCCAGGCCUGUAAGCACCCUGCUGCCCGCCAGAUCGAGCUGGACCUGAACCGUACCUUCCCCAACAACAAACACUUCACCUGUCCUACCUCCAGCUUCCCCGACAAGCUCCGCCGGGUGUUGUUGGCCUUCUCCUGGCAGAACCCCUCCAUCGGUUACUGCCAGGGCCUGAACAGGCUGGCGGCCAUUGCUCUGCUGGUCCUGGAUGAAGAGGAGAGUGCUUUCUGGUGCCUGGUGGCCAUCGUGGAGACCAUCAUGCCAGCUGAUUACUACAGCAAGACAUUGACAGCGUCCCAGGUGGACCAGCGGGUGCUCCAGGACCUCCUCUCAGAGAAGCUGCCCAGACUGAUGGCCCACCUGGGGCAGCACCGCGUGGACCUCUCCUUCAUCACCUUCAACUGGUUCCUUGUGGUCUUUGCCGACAGUCUCAUCAGCAAUAUCCUCCUCCAGGUCUGGGACGCCUUCCUAUAUGAGGGCACCAAGGUGUUAUUCCGCUAUGCCUUGGCCAUUUUCAAGUACAAUGAGGAAGAGAUCCUGAGGCUGCAGGACAGCUUGGAGAUAUACCAGUACCUGCGCUUCUUCACCAAGACCAUAUGCAACAGCGGGAAGCUGAGGAACAUCGCCUUCAAUGACAUGAACCCAUUUCCCAUGAAGCAGCUGCAGCAACUGAGGACAGUCCACCGGGAGCGGCUGGAGGCUGAGCUUCGGGAGCUGGAGCAGUUCAAGGCCGAGUACUUAGAGACCCGGGCAUCCCUAGACCCAGUGGUGCCCGAGGGUUGUACCAGCGAGGACGAGGGGGAGGCCUGACUCGGCCACCUGCACUCCCCAAAGCCUUUCUCACCUUCAGCCGGCAGGCCACAGGAGGAUGGCCAUGGCGCACUGGUCCAGCCCCGGAGCCUCAUCACCAUGUGACACUGGAGAAGUCCCUUCCUCUCCCUGGGCCUCAGCCUCCCACCAGAACAUUAUCUUCUGUGACACCACUGGCGCGGUUAUCUCAAGCACAUACCCAGGGAUGCCGCCCCUUUCUCACCUCCUGUUCAGAGCACUUUAACACGCAGACAGCAAGAGUGCUGUCUUCAUAGGGAACCUUGGACAUUCUCUGAGUUUAUCUGUAUAAAACAAUGGAAGUAUAGGAAAUAGUUCACAAGCUUUGGCACUGA